AUGUUCCAGUGCCGGAUGUGUUCGGAGAAUCCCUUCAGUGCCAUGAUGGGCGCCCCUCCCGGCAAGAGCGAGGAGAAGAAAAAGAAGAAGGGCACUGGAGAAGGCAAGAGGAAGUCCGUGUCCAAGCGGGACAUGAGCGCCUUCAACAGCCGGUCCGACGCAGAAGUGCGAGCAGCUGUCGAGCGUUGGAGCGAGUAUGCGCACCCCCGUGCCAAGGAGUUCUUCUCUUCACCAGAGCAGUUGGAGGAAGUGCUGGUCCAGCUGGCGAAGGGCACCGACAAGAAUGAUGAUCCAAUCCUCGGUCCCGAUGAGAAGUGUGUGUAUUGGUACGGCGACGUCACAAAAGAUGACCUUCAGGCCGCCAUCCGCAUGGUGAAGCCAGGUGAGCAAAGUGAGUCCGUGACAUAUGUCAAUCGUGUCCUUGCCUUCAUCUUCGCCACCGACGAUUCUUUCGAGAAACUCAUGCAGCUUCCCAAAGAGCCCUUCAAGAUGAGCUGCGGGGACCAGCUGUGUGUGCACCUGGCCCACAUCUCCCUUGCAGUCUGCGCCCUCGGCAGAACAAGUGGUGAUUCCAUGCUGCGUGCGAAACGGUUGGAGAAAGCAUUCAAGGUCGAGGCCGCUGUCCGUAGCUUGGCCGUGGCUCUUCGCUCGGGCCCCCGCGACCGCAGCGCUGAAAGGCGGAAAGAGUUCGAGCUACUCCGGCAUUUGGCCGCCAACGCGUUCCCUUGGGCUGCAGAGGACGUGGUUCGCGAGAUCGAAACCUUCGCCAGCCGCAAGACCUUUAUGAAGUUGGCAGGCGGCGUGAAGCGCCAGCUCCUAGAACAGGCCGCGUCGGAAGCGCCGGAAGGCUUAGUGGUGGAGCUUGGCAGCUACGUUGGCUAUUCGGCCGCUGUGCUGGCCAUGGCCCGAGGUGCUGUGGCCUUGCCACCAUCUCCGAAAGUGUACCCUCCAAGUGGCAUUCCGACGGCAAAGAACCAGACCGGUGAUGACUUUCUCUUCCAGGCGUGCCAGUAUUCCGUGAGCAUGGCAAGCCUGGACCGAGCCCUCAAGAAGGGGGCCAAUGUGAACGCCCGGAACAAGGACGGCAACACGCCUCUCAUGCUUGCCUGCCAAAACUGGACGGGCUCCCAGUAUUUGCCUUUCAUGAACAAGCUGCUGGAGUCCAAGGCAGACGUGAACGUGGAGAGCGGCUGGGGCUUCACCCCCCUGGACAAGGUGACGGAGCUCCUGAAGGACCAGGAGGCCGCGAGGCUCCAAGAGAUGCGCGCGCAGGAGGAGAGGCGAGAGAUCAUGGAAGGAAGAAGCAUCGUGGGCUACGGCUACGGGACAGCCGAGGAGCAGCGCCAGCGCCUGGUUCCCAACCAGCCGUUGGCCGACGAGCUCGACACCUUCAAGUGCCUGCCGCAACUCCGGGAGUGCAAGAAGCUGCUAGAGCAGAAGGGCGGGAAGCCAGGCGAGAAUCCCUUCAACCCGGCCUACCUCACGACAGAGGAGUUCGUGGAAAGAAGAGAUGCCAUCCUGGAGAAGUACAAGGACGCCAAGUUCAAAUAUUCAGGCCACUGA